UUUUGUGCAGCUGUGCUGCACUGCAGCCUGGCCUGUAAAGAGCGAAACAAGAGCAGUUGGCUACGGCAUCGCAUUGAUUCGCAUCAAUUGAAGCGAAGCACUUGCCAAGAAAUGAGCUGCCCAUGGCGGCAUGAAGGGGCUGCCCACUGAUGAGCAUGCAGCUCCCAUGCAGCUAAGACUUGCCGCCGCCGCGGUGCUCGUCGUCGCCGCGGCACAGGACACCACAGAAAAACAAAUUUAUGUGUGGCACGCGCCGCACCACGACUAUUUGUACGCACCCCUGCGGGCGACGGUAUUGAACGGCCUCCGUGGCAUCGGCGCGACGAGAAUAAACAUCAAAUUUGAUGGAGACUUUGACUGGGACGCCAUCCCGCCAGGUUCUAUAUUGAUAUGGCUCGGCUGGGGCCGCAAGGGGAGGUAUGGAAGGAACCGGCGGGUGCCCUGGAAGGGACUCGGUGCUAGAGGUAUAUACCGAAUAUACUACCAGAGCGAACCGGUCACUUCCCUGGUAUAUACCAAGGACGAGGUGGACGAGGUCUGGGACUUCUCGUGGCACAACAUCGAUCACUGCAGAGGCAGUGAUGCGCCUAUUUUAAGGUACGUCCCGAUCGCAUUUUUAAGGGAAGCACCUCUGAUAAAACGGUUCGGAGAUGUCCCGAAACUGGUGUUCUUCGGUAAUGCGAAGUGGCGGCCGUGUUGGUCUGAAAUCCAAAAUCUGAUGGGUGCUGAUGUGAUGAGCCGGUACAAUGUCUGGAACGAUCGAGAUUAUGAAGACUUUUUGGGAAAUGAUUACAUUGGCAUCUUCCUGAACCUCCACAAGGACUGCGGCAAUGUAUCCGUGCCUAAUCCUGUUACUUGGCGCAAUCCCAAGCUCCUUUCUUCGGGCGGGCUCGUCAUUUCUGAGAGGUGCUACGGGAAGGAUGAAAUUGAGUUUAAGGGUUUGAUCGACUUUGUGGAGCGGGCCGACAUUCCUAUCAUGUUUGAACAAUACGUGCGCAUGGCUCCUUCCGAGCGGUUACGACUCGGUUUGAGCAGACGCGAGGCCUUCGCCAAGAGGUUCGAUGCUGUCGGGAUUUUUGAGAGGGCUGGGAUUGGGAGCUUGCUGCGUGAGCGGGGUGUGACAUAAUUUAACUUGUAGUUGUGC